CGUGAACUUAGGACUUGUAAACCCAGCUUGUCAAGUAAAGGUUUCUCAAGAGUGUCAAAUAGCAUAUAAGGAAAAGUGUGACUUUAGAUGCACUGUGGACUUUGAUCUUGAAAGUGAAGCUCAGAACACUGAGUGACAACACUAGUUUGUCGAUUAUGCAGAUGUCACCUUAUGAUCUUUGGUGUAGUUUAUGGACAAGCCUGUAGUAUGGGAAACCCAGUAUUAGAAGACCAACCUAUCUGUGAAUUUAUUUCCUGUGGUGGAGCAGCAACUGAAAUUUUAAAAUUUGGACCCAAGCAAAUACAUGGGCUAGACAAGUCUGACAACAUUUCCAGAGUGUUAUUUCUUGUUAUUCCAGGUAACCCAGGAAUAGUCAACUUCUAUAGGACAUUCAUGCACAAACUCUAUAAGGCAUUAAACCAGCUGUACCCAGUGUGGGCCGUUAGUCAUGCAGGACACUGUGUACCACCACCCAGCAUUGAAAUAACAAAAGAGUCAGAGCAAGAAGCCCUAGAAGAUGUAUAUGGAUUAAAUGGACAGAUAGCACACAAGAUUGUUUUCAUCCGAAAGUAUGUCCCAAAAAAUGUGAAACUUGUCCUGAUUGGUCACUCCAUUGGUUGCUAUAUUAUUCUUAAAAUGAUGAAGCAGGAGCCAUCACUUCGGGUUCUCAGAGCAGUGCUGCUGUUCCCGACAAUAGAGAGAAUGGCUCAGUCACCCCAAGGGAAGCUCAUGACACCUGUGUUGUGCAGACUUCGUUAUGUUAUAUAUGUGCCUGUAUACAUGCUGUCCUUCCUUCCCGAAAGUGUCAAGACCUUCAUAGUGAGAUUUGUCUUGCAAGGCAUGCAAAACAUUGAUGAAGCAUCUCUCUCUGCCUCUGUGUGCCUUUUUAAUGUCAACUGCCUAGCAAAUGCCAUGUAUAUGGCAAGUCAAGAAAUGGUCCAAGUUGUGGACAGAGACAGUUCGGUCAUUAAGGAACAAUUGAAGAAGUUCAUCUUUUAUUAUGGAGCUUCGGAUAAAUGGUGUCCUCUUCAGUAUUAUGAAGACAUGAAAAUGGAGUUCCCUGAUGGAGAUAUUCGACUUUGUGAGAAGGGAAUUCGUCAUGCAUUUGUCUUAGAUGCUAGCAAGCAGAUGGCUGCCAUGAUUGUAGACUGGCUAUGCAAAGACUUGCUCAAUCUCUAGGCUGGGACAUGAACUCUCAUAUAUGUUAUGUGAUUCAAGAGAAAAGAACAAAGUGUUAAAUUAUUUAUAAGUUAAUGUUUUUGUUUGGUUUAUGUCACUGUCAAAAGAUGAUUGUGGUAAUGAAAGCUAAGUAUGUCUUUGUCCACCUUUGGAUAACUUUUUCUGAUGUUGAUAACAUUAUUACAAUUGUAAACAAAAAAUUAAUGCAAAGCACUUUUCAUAUGUGACAUUAGGUGGUGUAUUCCUACCAAAAAGCCUUUGAUUUACUUUGCUAUGCACCUUGUUAUUUUAUAACAGAGGUAAAAAUUUCCACCAGUGCUACUAAAUUAGUAGCAUGAACAAGGAACUGAAUAUUUCACCCACUGUUGAGUAGUGCAAGACCUAUUUCCACAGAAUAAUACUCAUUCCUGAAAUGCAUUCCAGAGUAACUGUUAUGAAAAUGUUACAUGUUAAAUGCUGAAAGUGACAGCAGCAGGAAAACAUAUCUAGAGAUGGUGAAACGUACUAACCAGAGCUCUGACUUAUAUUUGAACAGCUUCUGUGGGAACUGCUAUCUUUUUCUUAGUGAAGUUGGACUUACCUGCUGUUUGGUCAGUGACGCUCUUCUUUUGCAGUUUAUAUCUGACCGGUUUGACUGGAUUGGUCCUGUAUUAUGUGAAGAAAGAGAUAUCAUAAAUUAAGGAACUCAGUUCAAUUAAUCUCUACCCCCCAUCUCCCUUUCAUUAAUUAUUAGUGGCUUUGUGUAGUUUUUGUAUAAAAAAUGAGUUUUUACUUAAAUCCUUUAGAUAUUAGGACAAGGUUUGUAAUGCAUCUAAUGAUAAAGAGUUUUUUUUUUUCAAAGCCCAUUUUUAAUUUGGUACCCAAUUCUUGUAAAAAGUGCAUUUUGAAAUUGUAUUUUCACUUCAGUAAAAAGAUGCUAGUUUUGUACAGGCCUUAAGUUUUUUAGCUUUCUGUUCACAACUUAUUUACUUUCCAUUCUAAAUCACCCACCAGACAUUGUGUGGCAAUCAUUUAAUGUUAUCUUACUAUUCAGAAAAAGAAUUACUAUAUAAUGAUAUCUCCUUUUACUGAUAAGUGUGCUUAUAAUGCAUCUUUUUUCUUUAUGCAGGUCUGCCGCUCCUUCUGGCGACAUUUAGAGGACAUGUAGGAUUAAACUAUCAGUCUUAUACUGAGGCAAGUUUGAGUAAGAUUGGGGCUCCUGUCUUGUUUCCAGACUUUCUAAUUAGUCCAGAAGCUCAUUAUUGUAUUUAAGAAUUAGGAAUAAAAGGAUAGGACAUAAGAAACAUUGCUAUUAACAGACAUGUCUAUGGGCAUGUAGUGUGCCUCUUCAGCAAGGGUAGAAGGAAGCAUUAUUUUACCACAAGACUUUUUUUUCCUCAGACUUCUUCCUUUCAUUGACAUAUAUUUAUUUAUAUACCUUACAGAAGGGAAUACCAUUCUAGGUGGAUGCAUUAAAUCAACCAAAGAUUGAUUAGGUAAUACUCCUUACAUCGGGGAAAAUCUUCAGGAGCUGAAUAACUACUGCUUUUCCUCCCUACCAUUGAUGCAGGAAGGGCAUACUUUGCAACCUUUGCAUUUAGCUCUUUCACCCAUCUCAACAGUGUCAGUUGUGAGGGGGCAGAAUUCACCAGUUUGAAAAAAAUGAAAAAGUAUUUAUAUGGAUGUUGUUUAGAAACUUUAUUUAUUCAGUACAUUAUUGAUUCACAUCACAAAUAUACAUUAAUAUUCUUACAGUGAAAAGAGAAAAUUCUUAAUAACAUUUCCCAUUGUUUUGUAAAUGUAUUAUAGUCACAACCACCAUCAUACUUAUGUUCUUUACUCACAUACAUUAUCACAUAGUCAUAUAAUUUUCAGUUGCUGCUGACCUACUUAAUUUGAUCAUCUACUUGAGCGUUAUUUUGUAUAUAAUGUUCCCUAAUGCAUCGCUUAUUUGCAUGAAAUCUAUCUUGUAAUGAUUCCAUCUCUCUUUAUUUCCUUUACAAUAUUCAGUAGCUUGUUUACUGCUGGUUUAAUUUUUGCUUUCCAUUUUUGCGUGAUUGCUUUUUUGGCUGCUAAUAUUAUUAAGUUUAAUAUGGUCUUACUGUGUCUCAGCAUUUCUAAAUCUAAACUUCAACUCAGCAGCAACAUGUCCUUGGUUAAUAUAUGUUCUUCUAUCCAUUGUGUUGUGUCAGGACAUGUUACAAGGAGUCCUUAAACCUAGAUCACUCCACACAUUCACAGCAAAUGUGCUCCCAGUUUCCUGUUUCCUUCUUUUUACAUCUCCACAACUAUACUCCACUUGAAGAAAACAUGUCAGAAGAUUACUUGCACUAUAAAAGUAUCUAUUAAAUAUUUCCAUGCAAAUAUCCUAAGUCAUUUUGAAUUUUGUAGCAUACUUUGAAGGCUUACAGAUUCCAUCCCAGUAUUCUUUUGUAAUUUUUCAUUCUAAUCUUUCUUCUCAAUCUUUUCCAAUCUCCCUUAGCAAUUCUUAUAGUUAUCAUGCAGCACUUUAAAUGCCUUACUCAUGAUUCCUUUCUUGAUAAUGUCUUCAGCUCUUGAUUUUACUGAAAACAUUACCAGAGCUGGUCCUUCAUUCAUGCUGUUCUCCUUCUCCCUCUCCCCUACUCUGUAUUUGUGUUGUGCCAACUUUCCCUGAUUACAGAAGGCAGUGUCUGAUCUGCAAGUCAAACACCAGCUUGGCUUCAUGCCAUUCUGUCACUUUUCCCUUCCAACCUAUUUGUUCCCAAUAGUAUGCCUCCUUUGUUAAUUUCCUCUUGUUACUUCCAGACGUUUCUUACCUGUUAUCUCUACUCUUAGUUGUAUGUGUUUCUCUGCCUGCUUGAUUUAAUCUUUAUAAUAUUGUCUACCAUGUUAUAAAUAAGAUAUUCCAUGUAAUUACUGCAUAGGUUUAAAGUUAUCUUUUCAUAUCACGUAAUCCUAAUUCACCCGGUUCUAUAGGAAGAAUCUUUUUAUCCCACUUUACUCUUAUUCUUUCCCCAUCUCAUAUUAAUUCCUUCAACUCUUUAUUGUAAACCACAAAUUUCCGUCAAGGCUUAUUUCUGUGGAUUUCUUGUUGCAUGAGCUGCUAAGAUCAGGAUACAGUACAGAGUGUUUGAAACUUCCUCAACCAUAUCCAUUGAAUAAAGCUUCCACAACUGCUCGGGUCAUUUCUAGCCCACUUUUGGAAGAUAUUUGAGCUGAAAAUGUUCUAGACAGUGCUUCUACAUUUUUGAUGACUUCAGGGGAAGAAGUAAAUAUUGUUUUUUCUGGAUCCCAUAAAAGUUUGUGGAUUGGGAUUGCGGAAAUGGCUUUAAAAGCAUUCGAACACUGCCUACAUAGUGGGAUUCUUAACAUGCUCUCAGAUCAUAACAAGUUAAUAUGGUACAUAAACAAGUGGGUGGAGAUGAUCCUCUUAGCCUAUGCGAUGGCAGUAACCAUAAGGAACCUGACUUUGUCUGUGAUUAUCCAUCUCACUGGUUCAUCUGCCAUAGGGGGAAGCCACAACCUUUGCAAACUCCUUCAGGUGCAACUUUCUGCUUGAUCUGAAAUAACCAAUGUAUCUUCAAGUUAUUUUUUUCUUAAAUUUUGAUAGACCUGUGAAAUAAAUGUUCAGACAAAUUUCUGACACCCCCAAAUAUGCUCUUCUUCUUCUCCCCUCCUUUUUUUGUCAGAGUCUUAAGGUAUCUCGCACUGAGCCUGUUGCAGUUUUCUCCUGUAUGAUUCCCACCAAUCCCUCUGUUUCUGAAUGUCCUUCUGAAAGCAAUGAUGGAGAAAUUUCUAACAAUUCUGAUAUCUCCAUUAAGGCCAAAUCAAAUUUUGUUUCCCCAUCUUCUUUGUCAUGCUUCUUAAUAUAUUCACAUCUUGUAAUAUAGAGGGGCUGGCCUUGGGAAAACGGGCUUCUGCUGCAAGUGUCGCCACCACUCAACACACACAUACACACACUUUCGUAUGUUGUUUGCGUUACCAGUACCACCAUAAUAAUACACAUCUCUAACUUACAUCUGGUUCUUUCUCGCUACAAUCUUUUUUGCUUACUGUGUAGUCCCAAGCUAUUUUUGUUGUUAAAUGAUGAGUUCUGCAGUUUUUUUCCUGUGGGUGAGAUUAUUUAUCUUUUUUUUCUUCUUCUUUUUAAGAGAUGCUUUUCUGUUUAUUCAUUAUUUCUUACUCAUUUUCUUGUUUUACAGUGCCUUCUGACCUUUUCAACAGUCAGGGCUUACCCUAAUGGCAUACAUGUCAGAGUAGAUGUUUCACUAUUUUAAAGUGUCAAGCAUAAAUUACCAGAAGUGCCCCAUUUAUAAAAAGUUUAACAGUGCUGCCUUGUAGCAGAAAAUGAAGGCACAAUAUAACUACUUGAUUUCCCAGAAGCUCCCAAAGUUGGAACAAGCACUUUCUUUAUUUGAAAUUGUGAAUUCAGGGUCCUCUGAGAAUGUUUAUUGGGCUCAAGCUGACAGUAUGAGUUUUCAAAGUACUUCUGGUCCAAAACUGUCAAGAAAGAUACAUAAAGAGAUUAAUGGAGCAGACGAGGGAGUCUAAAUUUAAACUUCCCAUCUUAUGGGUGGUCAAAGCUUCCACUCUCUGGUUCUUUAUUUUACUGCUUCCACUUAUGAACUUGAACUUUCAUUUUUGUGCUGAUUUUGAGCUCACAAUAAACUGAAGGUCCAUUUAUUUAUA